AUGUCUGUCGUCGGCAUUGAUUUCGGUGCCCAGAGCACCAAGAUUGGUGUCGCCAGGAACAAGGGUAUUGACAUUAUUACCAACGAAGUUUCCAACCGACAAACUCCUUCCCUCGUCGGAUUCAGCGCCAAAAGCAGACACAUCGGUGAAGCCGCAAAGACGCAAGAGACCUCCAAUCUCAAGAACACGGUCGGCAACCUCAAGCGCCUGAUCGGCCGCACAUUCAGCGAUCCCGAUGUUCAGCUCGAGCAACAAUACACCGGUGCACAGCUAUGUGACGUCAAUGGCCAGGCCGGUGUUGAGGUUAGCUACCUGGGCAAGAAGGAAAAGUUCACCGCUAUCCAGUUGGUCGCCAUGUACCUGACCAAGAUCCGAGAUAUCGCAGCCAAAGAACUGAAGACCGCUGUCUCCGAUGUCACAAUUAGCGUUCCUGCUUGGUUCACCGACGUCCAGCGCCGUGCUAUGCUUGAUGCUGCUGAAAUUGCCGGCCUGAAGGUCCUGAGACUGAUCAACGACACCACUGCUACCGCUCUUGGUUAUGGUAUCACCAAGCUUGACCUUCCAGGUCCCGAAGAGAAGCCUCGGCGGGUGAUGUUUGUUGAUAUUGGAUACAGCGACUACACUGCCUCUGUCGUGGAGUUCCGCAAGGGUGAGCUCAACGUCAAGGCCACCGCCUUCGACCACCACUUUGGUGGUCGCGAUUUCGAUAAGGCCUUGACCGAACACUUUGCCGACGAGUUCAAGGAGAAGUUCAAGAUCGACAUCCGCACUCAUCCCAAGGCUUGGAACCGUACCCUGGCCGCCGCCGAGAAGCUGAAGAAGAUUCUCUCGGCCAACCCAGCGGCUCCGUUGAGUAUCGAAUCGCUCAUGGAGGACGUUGAUGUCCGUACCAUCGUCAAGCGCGACGAGUUGGAGACUAUGGUCAAGUCUUUGCUGGACCGCGUCACAGUUCCUAUUGAACAGGCCCUCGCCGAAGCUAAGCUUAAGCCCGAGGACAUUGAUUUCAUCGAGCUGGUCGGUGGUAGCACCCGUGUUCCUGCUAUCAAGGAUGCCAUCAGCAAGUUCUUUGGAAACAGGAACCUGUCCUUCACUCUUAACCAGGACGAGGCCAUUGCCCGCGGUUGUGCAUUCAGCUGUGCUAUCCUCUCUCCCGUUUUCCGUGUUCGUGAUUUCUCCGUUCACGAUAUUGUAACCUACCCCAUCGAGUUCACCUGGGAGCAGUCACCCGAAAUCCCAGAUGAGGACACUAGCUUGACCGUCUUCAACAGGGGCAACGUUAUGCCCUCCACCAAGAUUCUCACAUUCUACCGCAAGCAGCCUUUCGACCUGGAGGCUCGUUACGCCCAGCCAGACAUGCUUCCCGGCAAGAUUAGCCCAUGGGUUGGCCGUUUCUCCGUUAAGGGUGUGAAGGCUGACGCCAACGACGAUUUCAUGAUCUGCAAGCUCAAGGCUAGACUUAACCUGCACGGCAUCCUGAACCUGGAGUCUGGAUACUAUGUUGAGGACAUGGAAGUUGAGGAGCCCGUUAACGAGGAAGGCGAGAAGAAGGAUGGUGAUGCUAUGGACACGGAUGCCGCCAACGGUGAUGAGCAGCCCAAGAAGACCCGAAAGGUCAAGAAGCAGGUCCGCAAGGGUGAUCUCCCAAUCUCCUCCGCCACCCCUGCCAUCGAACCGUCAAUCAAGGAGAGCUGGUUUGAGCGCGAAAACAGCAUGUACAUGGAGGACAAGCUGGUUGCUGAAACGGACGAGAAGAAGAACGAACUUGAGGGCACCAUUUACGAAUUGCGUGACAAGAUCGAUGGCAUUUAUGCCGAGUUUGCUAGCGACGAAGAGAAGGAUAAGCUGAGGUCUAAGCUGACCGACCUCGAGGACUGGCUCUAUGAAGACGGCUAUGAUGCCACUAAGUCCGUCUACGUUGCCAAGUUGGAUGAGAUCCGCUUUGUUGCUGGACCUAUCAUUCAGCGCUACAGAGAGAAGCAGGAUGCGGAGCGGCAGGCCAUCCUGAAAGCCCAGGAAGAGGAGGCUGCGAAGAAGCGCGCUGAGCAAGAGGCCAAGCGCAAGGCCGAAGAGGAAGCCAAGAAGGCCGAGGAGCCCAAGCAGGAGGAGACGCCCGAUGCUGAGAUGAAGGAUGCUCCUGCCGAAGGCGAAGCCGCUUCCGAGAACGCUGAGGGCGAGAAGCAGUAA